ACUUCUAUUGCAGUUCCUCUGCGGUCAAAUCCAACUCCGCGCAGCCAUUUCCGAAUUCCUCUCUUCCUAUUCGCUUUAUUCAAUUUCGUUCGAAUAUUAUCGUUCAAAUUCGAAUCGAUGUGGUUGAAAAGUUUCGAGCAUUGUUGUGUGCGACAAGUUCUACCGGGCAUCUAUCUGAAUGUUCAAUGUUGCUCAAAAUUCUUCCCUGUGAUCUUUGAAAUAAUGUCAGCCUAA